GAACCAUGUCCGGGCGAGGCAAACAAGGCGGUAAGGCUCGCGCCAAGGCUAAGACUCGCUCUUCGCGGGCCGGGCUUCAGUUCCCUGUGGGCCGAGUGCACCGUCUUCUCCGCAAGGGCAACUACGCCGAGCGGGUCGGGGCCGGCGCGCCGGUGUACCUGGCGGCGGUGCUGGAGUACCUGACGGCCGAGAUCUUGGAGCUGGCGGGCAACGCGGCCCGCGACAACAAGAAGACGCGUAUCAUUCCGCGCCACCUGCAGCUGGCCAUCCGCAACGACGAGGAGCUCAACAAGCUGCUGGGUAAAGUCACCAUCGCGCAGGGUGGUGUCUUGCCCAACAUCCAGGCCGUGCUGCUGCCCAAGAAGACUGAGAGCCACCACAAGGCCAAAGGCAAAUAG